CAGAUUCAGUUAAUGAUCAACAGUGUAUUGUGUUGGUAUGCGUGAUGGUGAGAGUAGAAGGACAAUCUCAGGAUUCUAUUAUUAUGGACAAGGACUUUCCGGUGGGGCUGGAAAAUUUAGGGUUCCAAAAGGAACCUUCCGAUUAUGAAAAAGAACGCAAUGGAGAUUUAACUGCUGUAACAGUUACAACAAACGAAGAAGCAAAGGAAAGAUCUCAAUGGGGCAACAGUACGGAGUUUUUGAUGUCCUGUAUCGCUAUGUCGGUUGGAUUGGGAAAUAUUUGGCGGUUUCCUUUUAUCGCUAACAAAAAUGGUGGAGGAGCUUUCCUUAUACCGUAUCUGAUCAUCCUAACGUUUAUCGGGAGACCGAUGUAUUACAUGGAGAUGGCACUAGGGCAGUUUUCAAAUAGAGGAUCCAUUAAGAUGUAUACGAAACUAUCGCCUGUACUUAAAGGCAUCGGUUACGGACAAGUUGUAGGAAGUUUUUGUGUAGCCUCGUACUACUGCAUCAUCAUGGCCAUAACAUUGGUCUACUUAUUUAAUUCAUUUACAUCCAAUUUUCCAUGGGCAACAUGUCAAGAAAGCUGGCAGGAGUAUUUAGACUCAAGAAAUUUGACCUGUUUGGAUCAAUCCAAUACUUCAAUAACGGGGGUUGAAACAAUAAGUUCGUCCGAAAUGUAUUUCAGGAGAGAAGUUUUAAAAGAAGUUGACGAUAUUAGCGACGGAAUCGGAUUACCAGACUGGAAACUGGCGAUUCUUGUACUAGUCACUUGGCUAAUAACAUACCUGGUAUCUGUUAGAGGUGUGAAAAGUUCCGGAAAGGCUUCGUACUUCCUUGCUAUCUUUCCGUAUGUGGUUAUGUUCAUACUGUUUAUCAGAGCUGCCACAUUGAAAGGUGCUACAGAAGGAAUGCUCUAUUUUAUAAAGGCUGAUUUCACCAAAUUAUUGGACGCAGAGGUUUGGUAUGCAGCAGUCACUCAAUGCUUCUUUUCCCUUGGAGUUGGGUUUGGUUCAAUUAUUACUCUUUCUUCGUACAACAAAUUUGACCAUAACAUUAACAGGGAUGCUCUCGUGGUUACAACGUUGGAUACAUUUACAUCCCUUUUGUCUGGAUUUACCAUUUUCGGUAUUCUGGGAAACCUAGCACAUGAAAUGAAUGUACCACCCAGUGAAGUCAUUUCAGCUGGUGGAGGUACUGGACUGGCGUUUAUAUCAUAUCCAGAUGCUCUUUCUAAAUUUACCUUUGUCCCUUGGUUGUUUUCCAUUACGUUCUUCUUCAUGUUAUUUGUUCUUGGAGUAGGAAGUUUAGUGGCUACUCACGCAACUCUAAAUACUGCCAUUAAAGAUGCAUUUAAUAUAGCAGACUGGAAAAUAGCUGCCUUCACAUCCAUGGUUCUCUUCUUGGUUGGAAUGAUUUAUAUAACGCCAGGUGGGCAGUAUAUUUUGGAUUUGGUGGACCACUUUGGAGGAACCUUUGUAAUAUUUGUGUGUGCCAUUUUGGAAGUAUUCGCCAUUACUUUUCUGUAUGGAGUAGAAAACUUCUGCAUCGAUUUGGAAUUUAUGACGAAGAAAAAAGUAGGGGUAUAUUGGAGGAUUUCUUGGGGAGUAGUAAUGCCCUUGUUACUGAUUGUUAUCUUCAUUUAUUUCGUAUCCACAUUGAAACCGCUGGUUUAUGGAAUAUACAGUUUAUAUUACCCUACUGAAUUGACAAUAUUGGGUUGGAGCAUUAUUGGUAUAGUCAUAGUUCAACUGUUUGUAUGGUUACUUUAUUUCCUGGGUAAAAAUGGACACUGCUCCAUUACAAAAAUGUUCAGAGACACAUUCUCAACUGAGACGUGGGGUCCAGAAGAUCCAAAAGCAAAAGAAGACUGGAAGAAAUUUAGGGAAAACCGAAUCAGCGAAAGGGGACUUUAUUCGUAUCCGUGGCUCAAACGAAAAAUGAAAAUUUUAACAGGAAGAUAAAGCAACUUAGAUUUAGGUGUAACAAUUCUGUGAUAUAUUAACCACUUAAAGUAUUUUUUAUUUUUGUGAUUGUGAAUAAUUAUGCUAAUAAAAAUGAUAGUGCCUAAUAAAUUAAAUUGGUAGAAAUAAAAAAAAUUGUUGAUACACAUUUUAA